AUGUGGUUUUCCUUUUGGAGAUCCCGGGAUCGAUUCUCAUUAGAUGAACUCAGAUACCUAACUGAUCAACUGAUGAAAGUCCAAAUUGUAAAUGAGGUUAACAAGGAUUUUGUGAUUGAAGCAUUGAGAUCAAUUGCAGAACUGAUAACUUAUGGAGACCAACAUGAUGCAGCCUUUUUUGAGUUUUUUAUGGAGAAGCAAGUCUUGGGGGAGUUCGUGCGCAUAUUAAGAAUUAGUAGAACUCUGUUUGUUUCUCUUCAACUAUUACAGACAAUGAGCAUUAUGAUCCAAAAUUUAAAAAGUGAACAUUCCAUAUAUUAUAUGUUUUGCAAUGAACAUGUUAACUGCCUAAUAACUUAUUCAUUUGACUUCCAGAAUGAAGAACUGUUGUCUUACUACAUAUCCUUUCUAAGAGCAAUAAGUGGAAAGUUGAACAAGGACAUGAUUUCUCUACUUGUCAAGACUCGUAAUGACGAAGUAGUUUCUUUCCCACUUUAUGUUGAGGCGAUACGGUUUGCCUUCCACGAUGAAGGCAUGAUUCGAACGGCUGUUCGUGCUUUAACGCUGAAUGUUUAUCAUGUUGGGGAUCAAGCUGUUAAUAAAUUUGUAGCCAGUAACCAGCAUGCAGAUUAUUUCUUAAACUUGAUCAAAUUUUUCCGGGAACAAUGCAUCAGUUUCAGUGUAUUGGUUUCAAAUGCUUCAAAGAAUCUACGUACUGAAUCAACAUCUUCCCUGCUUUCUGCUAUCGAUGAGAUUGAAGAUAAUCUCUACUAUAUUAGUGAUGUUAUUUCUGCCGGGAUUCCUGAAGUUGGGAGGUUAAUAAUGGAUGGCACGUUGACACUUCUGAUAUUUCCAUUGAUUCUUCCUUCUUUGAGGAAGGGUGAUGUUAAUAUUCAGGAAACAGGACUUGGUGCCGCCACUUCUUUAUAUUUACUUUGUUGCAUUUUGCGCAUUGUCAAAAUCAAAGAUCUGGCAAAUACUGUUGCUUCUGCUCUUCUCUGUCAUAUAGAGACCUUUGCUUUGAGAUCUGAACUCAAACUCAAUGGUCAUAUGUCUGACCAUGGUUCUCCAGAUGCCAGCCAAAAUGCAGAGGAGAGUAAUAUCGGCCCAGAUUCUUAUAAUAAAAGUCUCCAAGUUACCAUUCCGUAUCCUAUUUCUACUUCGCAAAGUCGAACUGCAGACGGUAACUUGCUACAACAUUUUACACCAAGGGAGGCCUUGCUUUCUUUUGUUACCUGCGGGGAUGAUGUUCAAGUAUCAGGUUCUUUAAGUCUACUGGCUAUAUUGUUGCAGACUAAAGAACUGGAUGAAUCAAUGUUAGAUGCUCUAGGCAUCCUUCCGCAACGCAAACAACAUAAAAAGCUCCUGCUGCAAGCCUUGGUUGGGGAAGAAUCCGGAGAAGAGCAACUUUUUUCUUCUGAAAGUACUGUGGUAAAAGAUGGCAUUUGCAGUGAACUUGAUAUCUACCUACAGAAGUUGAAGGGACAGUAUGGACUUUCUUGUUCAAGCCCAAUGGCUGGAGCAAGCCCCCGUGUGCAUAGAUUUCAAGUACUCGAUGCGUUGGUCAGUCUUCUCUGCAGGUCAAACAUCUCCGCGGAAACAUUAUGGGACGGUGGUUGGCUUUUGCACCAGUUGCUACCUCAUAGCAAGGCGGAGUUUAAUAGCCAUCAUGCUAGAUUACUCAGAGAUUCAUUGCAUAAUUGUACUCGUCGUCUUUUAGAGGAUACAAGGGGAACCUGGCCAGAUAUGUUAGUAACUGUUCUUUGUGAUGAGUGGAGAAAGUGCAAAAGAGUAAUUGAGGCAUCUUCUCUUCGAAAAGAUCCAAUGUGUAUGCUCUUGCCACCGUACAACCCUGCCUCAGAAGAGCUGGUUUCCGGUGAAUCAUCCUUUAUUGCUGGUGAAAGAAUGUGUGAGACAGUGAAGGUUUUUGUACUUCUCCAUCAUGUCCACAUUUUCUCGCUGGGCAGAAUUUUGUUAGAUCAACCGCCUCUUCUCUCUCAAGUUGACAUUCCAGAAGAAUCCCGAGCAAAGAAUGCUGGUGUAAAUCCAUCAGGACCAAAACCGGGCAUUGAAAUAAAUCUUGUGGAUGCAGUGCCCUGUCGAAUUGCAUUUGAGAGGGGAAAAGAACGUCAUUUUUACUUUCUGUCAUUCUCUAUGGGAAGCUCUGGGUGGGUUGCCCUUGCAGAGGAGUUAGUUACAAAACCACAUCAUGGAGUCAUCCGGGUUGCAGCCCCAUUGGCAGGGUGUAAUCCUAGAAGAGAUGAUAAGCAUCCGAGAUGGCUGCACCUCCGAAUUCGCCCAUCCUUGUUCUCCUUCACUGAUGCUGCUAUGCAUUCUGCACAUGGGAAAGUUAAAUUAAGAGCUUUGGUUGAUGGAAGGUGGAUUCUGGCAUUUCGGGAUGAGGAAUCUUGCAAGGCUGCUUUGACAAUGACUCUCGAAGAGAUCAGAUUACAGAGCCAUGAAGUGGAGAGGAGACUAAAACCUUUGCUUGAACUUGAAAAAGAUUUAGAUUCUUCAAAUCCUACUCAGUCUAUGGAGGAUAAGUCUUCAUGA